AAUCAUUCUGAUUACCUGAUAACAGUUUCACUUUAGUUUCAGUUCAAUCCAAGAGAAUGUAUUUUCUGCUUGUUUUGCCUCUGCUCAUGCUCUCCUACGGGGAGUGUGCAAGUGUCAACGACACACAAAGCAGAAUUACCAGUCCAUCUCCCAGUUCGAUCUCUGUGUCUAAUGGACAGAUCUGGGGAACAUGGGGAAUUUCAGAGAGGUGUCCUACAGGCACCUAUGCUACAGGCUUUAGCCUCAAGGUUCAGUCAUAUCAGGGGAUUUGGAGUGAUGACACAGCCCUAAAUGCAAUUGCUCUUCACUGCUCUAAACCCAUCGGAUCCAACGGUAUUGUCGGGAGCUACACAACGAUCAGAUCUGAUGCAGGAAGCUGGGGGUCUUGGACAGUGCCUCUUUGGUGCCCCACUGGGGUGCUGAAAUCUUUCCAGCUGCAAGUAGAGCGUUAUCAGGGAUGGGCCUGGGAUGAUAGCUCUGCUAACAACAUAAGGUUCAAGUGCUCCACAGGCCAGGUGUUGGAAGGCGCUGGUACGAACUGGGGUACCUGGGGUUCCUGGAGCUCACUUUGUGGUGGAAAAGGGAUUUGUGGUAUCCAAACAAGAGUGGAGUCUCCUCAGGGCAUAUUGGAUGACACCAGUCUUAAUGAUGCCCUCUUCUUUUGCUGCAACUAA